AGAGGAGACAGCGGCGAGCGGGGCAAAGGCCACCCAACACCGGCAGGGGAGGCCGGCCGGUGCCGCGCAGGGACACGUACUCAGUCCGACUCGGGCUGGCACUGGUGGCUAGGAAUGUCGUCCUGGACGAGGUGGCAUGGGCCCGCCAUGGCGCGGCUCUGGGGCUUCUGCUGGCUGAUCGUGGGCUUCUGGAGGGCCGCUCUUGCCUGUCCCACAUCCUGCAAAUGCAGCGCCUCUCGGAUCUGGUGCAGCGACCCUUCUCCUGGCAUCGUGGCAUUUCCGAGGCUGGAGUCUUCCAGUGCAGACCCCGAGAACAUCACCGAAAUUUACAUUGCAAAUCAGAAAAGAUUAGAAAUCAUCAACGAAGAUGAUAUUGAAGCUUAUGUGGGACUGAAAAACCUGACCAUUGUGGAUUCCGGAUUAAAAUUUGUAGCUCAUAAAGCAUUUCUGAAAAACAGCAACUUACAGCACAUCAAUUUUACCAGAAAUAAACUGACGGUAUUGUCUAGGAAACAUUUUCGUCACCUUGACUUGUCUGAGCUGAUCCUGGUGGGCAACCCAUUUACAUGCUCCUGCAACAUUAUGUGGAUCAAGACUCUUCAGGAGACUAAACCCGGUCCAGAAACUCAGGACUUGUACUGCCUCGAUGAAAACAGCAAGAAUAUUUCCCUGGCAAACCUGCAGAUACCCCAUUGUGGUUUGCCAUCAGCAAAUUUGGCUGCACCUAACCUCACUGUGGAGGAGGGAAAGUCUAUCACAUUAACUUGUAGUGUUGCAGGCGAUCCAGUUCCGAAUUUAUACUGGGAUGUUGGUAAUCUGGUUUCCAAGCACAUGAAUGAAACAAGCCACACACAGGGCUCCUUAAGGAUAACUAACAUUUCAUCUGAUGACAGUGGAAAGCAAAUCUCUUGUGUGGCAGAAAAUCUUGUAGGAGAAGAUCAAGAUUCUGUCAACCUCACUGUACAUUUUGCUCCAACUAUCACAUUUCUCGAAUCUCCAACCUCAGACCACCACUGGUGCAUUCCAUUCACUGUGAAAGGCAACCCCAAACCAGCGCUUCAGUGGUUCUAUAAUGGGGCAAUUUUGAAUGAAUCCAAAUACAUCUGUACUAAAAUCCAUGUUACCAAUCACACGGAGUACCACGGCUGCCUCCAGCUGGAUAAUCCCACUCACAUGAACAAUGGGGACUACAAGUUAGUAGCCAAGAAUGAGUAUGGGAAGGAUGAGAAACAGAUUUCUGCACACUUCAUGGGCUGGCCUGGAAUCGAUGACGGUGCAAACCCAAAUUAUCCUGAUGUAAUUUAUGAAGAUUAUGGGACUGCGGCAAAUGACAUUGGGGACACCACGAACAGAAGUAAUGAAAUCCCUUCCACAGAUGUUGCUGACAAAACCGGUCGGGAACAUCUCUCGGUCUAUGCUGUGGUGGUAAUUGCAUCUGUAGUAGGAUUUUGUCUGCUGGUAAUGCUGUUUCUGCUGAAGUUGGCAAGACACUCCAAGUUUGGCAUGAAAGGUUUUGUUUUGUUUCAUAAGAUCCCACUGGAUGGGUAGCUGAAAUAAAGGAAAAGACAGAGAAGGGGGCUGUGGUGCUUGUUGGUUGAUGCUGCCUUGUAAGCUGGACUCUUGGGGCUGGCAUUGGCUUCUCCCGGGAAGUGCCACUGAUCUGGGGUUUUCUGGUAGAUGUGGGUGGUGUUUGCAGGAGAUACUGCACGAAGCCUGCAGGUGCUGUGAGCUGUGAAUGGGGGACACCAAUGCAGAGACAGCUCACAGGCAGCUAAGAAAGUCAAGAAAACAUCUUAAAUUAAUGCUUCUCUUUUGUUCUCACAAUCGUUCAAAUACAAAAUGGAAAUGAAAUGCCAUUGGAUUGUGCUUCUCUUUGGAAAGGUGUGCUGUUUGACCAUACUGGAAAUGUAUUGAUUUUCAAUGUUUCUGUUAUUAAAGGUGAACUGCAAAGUUUAAAAAAAUCUAAAUUUAGGGACAGGUGUAAGUACACACUAAACAGUCUAAUCUCCAUUUAACACGAAUUUUAGCAUUGUUUUCUGCUGUUGUUUAAUCAGUACUGAAUUAAAAAAGUUUCACUUUUCCACCUAGAAUGCAGUGACUAAAAGAGUUAAGGGCAUAUCCACCAUCGCUGUGGGGACUUAGGGAUGUCCUGAGAGGUUCUUUCCUCUUCACUGGCCAUGAAGGUCCAGAGCCAUGCAGUCAACAGUAAUGAUUUCCUUAAAGUUUAUCAUCAGGCAAAAAAAAAAAAAAAAAAAAGAAAAGAAAAAGCUAUUUGGUCAGGGUCUGUGGAUUUCAGUUAGUCAUAGUCAGUUCCAGAAAAAAGAGUGAAAUAUAUGCAUAUGGUGCAUAUGUCCUUUUAUUUGACCUCUGUGAUCCACCUGCUUUUUAGAAGUUUGCCGAGUAAGAAGGCCGCAGCGUCUCAUGCUGUUCCCAUGACAGAAGUGCAGCUUUUCUACUCUGAAAAGGCCUGCGAGCAGAAUGGCUGGCCUGCUGUGAGCAGGAGACUCUAUUCUAAGAAGCCUAGUCCCCCUACAACGUACUACACUCUGCUGGGUUUUCCUGGGCUGGACGGCUCUUCCUGACCCCAGCAGCACAGAGGUGGCAGGUCGCUAAUGAAUAUGUGCUUUAUAAUGUCCAGCUUCAAUGCUGCAAGGGCAGCCUUAGAGCUACAGAAUCCUGCAUCUCUGACUUAGUCUUAUGUGGACACCUGUCUCACGCACUUGGCCUUCAUGGUGGCCUUUGUACGCUUUGCUUAGUGUGUAGCAGGCAGGAUCCCUGUCCUGAAGUGAGGUUUGGCUGCCCCUGGCCCGCUUCACACCUUUCUUGUUAGGGGAACUUCAGAGCCAGGCCUGGAGCAUUUUGUUUGAAAACACAAUUGGCUCUGACUGUUAACGUCUGCAUAUAGAUGCCACAGCUGAACUGGAAACUUACUGACGUUUUUAAAAAGCCUUUUUUGGAGGGGAGAUGGUUACUCAAGUUUUGCAGUUCAGCUUUAAGGUUUUAUAGUUUUUUAACUAGUCCAACAUGUUUGGAAACAUUGUUUUGAAUCCUGUGUAACCAAGGCAUUAAUCUCAAUAAACCAGGAUCCAUUUAGGCACCGCUUGAUAUAAAAAGGUUAUGCGUGAUGAAUAUUUUAUACUGUAUCUUUUACAUUAGCCGCUAAGUAUGUUAUUGCUUGAUGCAGACAUUUCACGGAGUCCUAUGGAUUACAGCAUUUGACUUGGCUAUUCUAUACCCACUCCUGAAAGAAGGGCGGUUUCUCCAAAGCAUAAACAGGCUGCUGUUCUCAGAAGCUGUCUUUCCAAAAAGAUAUUUGAGUGUGAGGGCAGGUGACCCUGCGUAUGGGGAGGUCUGAAUAUUCUCUGAAUUCCCAUUUUCUUGCUCACUGUUGAAUGACUGUUCCUGUCACUACUUAGAUUUUGAUCUUUCCCAAAAGUGUUGAUUUACAAAAAGGCCAGCUAAUUGUAGAAAUCCUGCCCCCUGAAAGAAAAAUGAAAUUCAAACUGAGAGCCAAGCAGAGGCUGUCAGGACGACAAGGGUUCUUAAAUAUCGGCCAUUUGGUACAAUUUCUUUUAAAGCUUUUAUGUUAUUCCAUGGAGCUAUGAACUGUUUAAGGACUAUUUCAGAAGUAUCCCAGACCCUAAAAAAAAAAAGAAUAUUUGCCCUCAACAGCUAAAAGAAUUGCAAGCUAGAUUUUUGUUUUAAAAUGGAGAAAAGUGGACAGAUAAGGCAAUUGAAUCUAUCAAAGAGCCGUUGAUAUCUCCUAGGGAACGAUGAGCCAUCAGGCUAUUAGAAAAUGGUUUCGUAUGGUCUUGUGUUCUUUUCAUUUUUUUUUUAAUCCCUGAAGACCUCAAUCAGUAACCCAGCUUCUCAUUUCUAUACUCCAGACCACCUCUGUCAUCCUUUGCUUUUGAUGUCCCCUAUAAGGAAUCUUUUUCGAGCUUCCUAAAGGCACGUCUCGUGCAUUUGUUCAGCAUUAGAGAAGGAAAGGCGGCAGUUUUGCUGAAAUCAAGUCUGUCACCCUCCAACAAGGCUGUGGCAUUUCAGUGCCAGGCAGGUACCCUAACUGAACAACAUGGGCCGGAUAAGUGAACACCCCCCGCUCCAGUGGGGCAGCUGUCACCUAGACCCAGCCAACUCGUGCCUCCCAGGGAUAGGCCCAAAUUUCCAAACCUUCUGAUUCUUUAAGAGAAACUUGAAACCUGGACAUUUUAUCUGAAAUGUCCCUAUUUUUAAAAAGUUGGCUCAGUUAUUUUUAAAAUAUUAUGUAGGCCAACAAAACAUGUCUGCGGUCUGCCAGUUUGUUACUUUGGUCUUAAAGCAAGAUCAUUGUUCUCUUACUGUAUCCCGCUGUCUUGUCUUUGCUAAAGCACUUCCUGGCACCACCAUUGAGCGCUUUAGUACCCUUGAGUUUAGCAACCCAGGGAUCUGCAACAUGUCACUUAAUUUGGGGCUGUCUUAUAGCUUCGCUAGCUGCGACCUUGGCUCUCUCACCCUGCCUGGAACUCUCUUGUAGCAAUGCUUUCCCCCAAUCCCCCAGUGGGCCCCAGUUCCACGUGGCCAGAGGCACCUAGUGAGUCCUACUUCCUGUUUUGUCUGACACGACUUUCUUUUCACCAGUGUUCAUGUUGCUUGGCCCUCUCAGGUGCAGCCAGGUUCAGAUGGGAAAGCACAUGGCCCCAUUUCAUGGGUGUCCUUAACAUACCGAUAGGGCCAUUGGUAAAAGAAAAACAGGUGUGUCAUCUUCAAGAGGCGUGGUUCGGGUCCUGUAUCUUGAAUUGGGUCCCACUGAGGCCCUCCGAGGCAGCUGAGAAAGAUGAAGAAACUCCCACUGUCAUCAUGUGAUACAUCAGUCUGAGGCCAAAGGAGGUCCAUCUCUCAACAGGCGAAGUGAAUCCCCACAAACUUUAGAGACAGUCGGAUUCAAGGAUUUUCCCUCCUGGUCUGCAGCAGAGAUUGGUUUCUUUUUGACCCACGGAGUCUUCUUUCCAAGAGUAGGGAGCAGAGAUGAGACGUGAACAAUCCCAGCUCCAAGCCCACGAUGCAGAACCCAGAGCUUUGCUUUUAGCUCCAAGUCCUUCAGGUAAUCCUGAAUCACACCCAGAGUGGUUGAGGCUUGCAGCUCCCCCUCAGACAGAGCAAAGGCCAUCAGGAUUCAGCAGUUGGAGGAGUAAACAGCUCAAGGAGUACAGGCAGGAAUUCAGGUCACUGCCAGGAGUGAGGGCCAGCAUGAUGGAGGCGCUCCUGCUUUUCCUCUCCUCUUUUAUUUUCUUGAUUGUCUUAAAAACCUUGGCUCUUUUCUCUCUCUCUAACACUCUAAAUUGACUCCAUGACAAACUGAGAGUUUAUUUUUAUUUGCUUUAUUGGUUGCUUUGCACACACCAUUUUUUUUUUUUCCAUUGCAAAAUGGAAUCAAAGCAGUAACUGGGACCGAUAUUAACUCUUCUCUCCCUCCACCCGAGAGUGGAUGAUUUCCACUUUCACCUGCUCUAUUGUUUUCUGUCUAGAACUCCUCCCUUUGUUUUCAUCUAAUUUCCUCCCACGACAAUAGAAGCUCAUUUCAUCUUCUUUUGUCCAGACUCUAUAGGUAACAGACAGAUUCCAUAAAAUCCAGGGUCUUCACAGGGUUGCUGCAUGCAGCCAUGUGGGCUGUGCCAUUCCUGUGUGGUCAAGGUCGGCGGACCCCUCGGGGUUCUGCCACUCAGCAGACUGGACUCCCAGGAAACUAGGACAGAAGUAGACAUUCUAUUAAGUGCAUUCUGUUGUGUUCACACACCUACAGCACCUGCAAACCAUGUCAGGUUUAUUCAAGUGCACCUGGGAAGGUUAAGGACCCUGCUGGACAGGGCAAGGAUGUAAUUUUCUGCAGGGUGCUGCCAGGCUGAAUUAAGUUAACAGAGUUCCCAAUCCAGAAAGUGACAUGAAAACGGUUGUUACAGAAGGCAGUUUUCAUCUCAAGUUAGCCCAUUUCCUUGUUUUGGUCUUCAGGAACAAAGGGACCUCCCAGCCAUCUGAUUUUUACAGAGAAAUCACCCUGAGUUUAAUUCAGGCUAAUGUGGCUUGGAGCCUUGGGCUGGUCAUUAGUGAGCACCCAAGAUGGGUUGACAUUGGCUAUGUCAGGAGUCUUAGUUUUCACAGAAAAAUAAGUGUGUGAAAGGCAAAGAAAAGAACAGAGAUUUUCACCACCUUUAUUUUAAGACAGUCUAGUUAUGAAUGGAGCUUCUAUAAACAAAUAUAAAAGAGCAAGAGAUUCUAUUCACAACGUAUACAUAUGUCAAAUCAUCACACUGUACACUUUCAAUAUCUUACAAUUUUCUUUGUUGAUUAUACCUCAAUGAAGCUGAAAAGACAAAAAGGAAAAAAAUAGCAAGAGACUCCAGAGAAAGACAAAUCCUCAUUUCGUGUUCAGAUCCAUUUGCUGUAAUCCAUAUAGGCAGCUUGUGAAUCAUUCUCAUGUCCUGUUUUUCUCCCCAUAAUGUUCCAGGUCUUAAAGUCAUUUUUUUCAUGUUUCCUGUAAAUAAUGGAUAAUCAUUUUUAUUUUAUUUUUAAGUGCUGUUUUAACAAUGUGGAUAGACCAUAAAUGUACUUGCUGAAUUCAUUCUUUUUUUUUAA